UAUGAGACACGUUUGUCAGCUACGGACCCGAGAUGUUCUGUCUCAAUCAAUUCCCGAUCGUGUCAUUAGACGUUUUGAGACACCUUCGUCUCUUCUCGUGCCAAAGCCAAUCGGGGUUCUGCAGGAAGGUCUUUCGCACGUUUAUUAUGCAUUCUCCGAAUAACAUCUGUACACCGUAUCCGUACUCACCAUCAGAUUGUUGCCUGCAUUGAGCCAGUGCCCCCUGGACCGCUGCUUACUGCAUCCGGGUUAGACCGAAGGCCUGCGAUCAGUAACAAGCAGCAUCAGUAAACAUCAUCACUGGUGGCUCAGACGGGGCGGCCGGGCCAGAGUGUUCCAGGGGACAGGCUGCCUAUUUCUGCAGUGAACCAAACCACUGAGUACUACAAGUACGUAGACGACAACGGGAAAUCGGGGGCUUGGGGGGCUCCUUACUACCGACACGGCGCAAUUCAACCCGCCGCCCCACUCGCCAGCUCGCCAAACCCGCUAAACUCCGAGUGCUAAGUCCAUCUAUCGUCUAUCGCCCAUGAACCGAUCCCGCAAUCACUGUACGGAACGUGAUCCAUCCCCCAUUCCGCGUCUCUGGUCCAUCGUCCGUGGUGCGUGUCCACCCCUGCCACCAAACCCCUGCCGCUCAACCGCUCUGGCUGCCUGGCCCAACAAGCUUGUCGGUUUUUUUACGGAGCACACGGGGGGCCCAGGGGGUGGGGGGGGAUGUCUUUACUGUUUCCUCCCACUCUUCGACUCGCAACAACCCAUACACGCCCUUCUGUGCUUCUACUGCGUCACCACUCACUCCUCGCCUCGUCUUACCCGUCUCCCUUAACGCCGUCCCUUUGUCCUACACGGUACUCUAUAUUCCGUACACCGUCAGCUCGCUGCUGACUGAUGAGUCGUCGCAAGUUUCAUUCAACCCGCUGCCCGGACUCGCACACCCGCCGCCCGCGGCCACACUGACACCACUCUUCACUCCCCUCCCCCGGAACCCUUUACUCUCUCUUGUUACGCCCAUAUAUAGACGGUUCCCCCGUCGCCACCCACCAGGCUUCCGGCAUGCUACACCAACAAACUGCCUCUACUCUAGUAAACGGGUCGCGACUCAAGCUUGCUUCCUCAUUCAUUACUACCUCCACCACGGCCACCGUCAAGUCUCCCGCCCCCAGCGUACGUGCCUCCUCCGAGGACUCCGUCCCUCGCCGAUCCCACCAGACAAUGGCCGCCGCCGCCGCCCCUCCCGCCGCCCCCACCGCGACAACCCGGCCCCCGGGCACCUACUUCCCUCUGGGAUACAAAGAUGCCGUCUACCAAUGGUGGAGCAGCGUCACCCCCCAACAGGCCGAGCGAAACGUCCUCAGCCACAUCCCCUACCUGAAAGAGGCCCGCGAGAACGCCUCCCUCGAUUCCGACAAGCAUGACCCCUUCGGUCCGCGGGUAUGGAAGUCGCAAAUGGUCGAGCUCUCCGGGAAGGAUCGCGCCCUGAACGAGUACUCUAUCGAGCGUGUCGGCGAAGAGGUCGACAACAACCUCGUCAUUAUCCACGGCUACGGCGCAGGCCUCGGUUUCUUCUACAAGAACUUUGAGCCACUGUCCCGCCCCAAGGGCUGGAAGCUCUACGCCCUCGACAUGCUUGGCAUGGGUAACUCCACAAGACCGCCUUUCAAGGUCACCGCCAAGGACCAGCAGGGCAAAACGGCCGAGGCUGAGGCCUGGUUCAUCGAUGCCCUCGAGGAGUGGCGGAAGAAGCGCAACAUUGACAAGUUCACCCUCAUCGGCCACUCCCUCGGCGGCUACCUCUCUGUCGCCUACGCGCUGAAGUACCCGGGCCACCUCAAGAAACUCAUCCUCGCCUCCCCCGUCGGCAUCCCCGAGGACCCUUACGCCGUCAACGCAGCCAUGCCCGAACCCGAAGAGUCGACGUUCCAAAACGAGUUCACCCAAGACCAAAACACCGUCACCAACGACGACCGGAACUCCAUGACGUCCCGCGCCAGCAAGAGCGGCGCCAAGAACUCAAACAACGCGCCGAAGCGCCCCUUGCCGGGCUGGCUCGUCUGGCUAUGGGACGCCAACGUCUCCCCCUUCAGCAUCGUCCGCUUCACAGGGCCCCUUGGCCCGCGCUUUGUCUCCGGAUGGACCUCACGCCGCUUCAACCAUCUACCCCCGGCCGAGUCGCAGUCCCUGCACGACUACGCCUUUUCCAUCUUCCGCCAGCGGGGCAGUGGCGAGUACGCGCUGCCCUACAUUCUCGCGCCGGGCGCCUUCGCCCGCAGUCCCAUGGUGAACAGGAUAGACGGCGUCGGCCGGCAGAUCAUCGAGAAGAACGGCGAGAAGCUCAAGGAGACGGGCGUCCCCAUCGUCAUGAUGUACGGCGAGAACGAUUGGAUGGACGUCGCCGGCGGAUAUGCCGCGGAGGAGAAGCUCAAGCAGGCGAAACUGCAGGCCCUCCUCAAGGGCACCGACGAGGAGAAGAGGAGAGAGAACGGGUCCGCCAAGGUGCUCAUUGUUAAUAAAGCCGGACACCACCUCUACCUCGACAACGCCAGCCAGUUCAACGACUACAUACUGAAAGAGAUGGAAGAGACACAAAACAGCAAGCUAUAGACGCACAUUGUCUUUUUUUCUUCUUUUCUUUUCGAGAGGGAUGUUGAAAACGCUGGCGGUAGGGCUUCACAGCACUCGCCAGCCAAGAGGAUUUUCACUUGUCUGGGGCGUUUUCUGUUUUGUUUGUUUCUGGGAGUUGCAUUGCAUGACUACAAAUACAGUUCGAGCCUGACAUGGCCGACGGGGAAUAUCCAGUGGGAGCGUUUGCUUUAGUCACUGAGUCUGCUCAGCCGGCUCAUAUAGAUGGACACUAAGAAAGACACUGUGCAU